GAAAAAAGUAGAGAGAGAAAAAGAUAUCUACCUUAGGGAAGAACCUCAGAGAGAGGGAGGGAAGGAGAGGACGGGUAGGAGCGUGUGUGCAUGUGUGUAAGAGACACUUAUUCUCUUAACUACUAGGAGACAGACACACUUUCCUGGGCCGACUCAAAGAAGGGGGAAAACAGGAGGAAGAUUUUUUUUUUUUUCAAUAUCACUUUAAUCGUCCCAUCAUUCAACAAUCAAGCUGCCCUGAAGCUUCUCGUCCUGGAAACUCUUCUUCACUGUAUGCUGGAAGUUAUAUAUAUUGAUCCAUUUACCCUCUCACACACUACAAGCCUUACCUCAUGGAUUUGUAUCUGAUUGGAUAUUUGAUGUGUGUGUGGUUGUCCAGCUCACGGGUGCUUGGAGGCUAUCCCAUCUGGUGGUCCCUGGCCCUUGGGCAGCAGUACUCGUCACUGGGCUCCCAACCCAUCCUGUGCGGCUCCAUCCCCGGCCUCGUGCCCAAGCAGCUGCGUUUCUGUCGCAACUACAUAGAGAUCAUGCCCAGCGUCGCAGAAGGAGUCAAGCUGGGGAUCCAGGAGUGCCAGCACCAGUUUAGGGGCCGGCGAUGGAACUGCACCACCAUUAAGGACAACCUGGCCAUCUUCGGCCCUGUGCUAGAUAAAGCAACCAGAGAGUCAGCGUUUGUCCACUCCAUAGCUUCAGCAGGCGUGGCGUUUGCAGUGACGCGCUCCUGCGCCGAGGGCACAUCCACCAUGUGCGGCUGCGACUCGCACCACAAGGGACCCCCCGGCGAGGGCUGGAAGUGGGGCGGCUGCAGCGAGGACGCAGACUUUGGGGUGCAGGUGUCCAGGGAGUUCGCCGAUGCCAGAGAGAAUCGUCCAGACGCUCGCUCGGCAAUGAACAGACACAACAAUGAGGCGGGACGCACGACCAUCCUCGACCACAUGCACCUGCGCUGUAAGUGUCACGGCCUGUCAGGGAGCUGUGAGGUGAAGACAUGCUGGUGGGCGCAGCCAGACUUCCGCAUGCUGGGUGACUACCUGAAGGACAAGUACGACAGCGCCUCCGAGAUGGUGGUGGAGAAGCACCGCGAGUCACGAGGCUGGGUGGAGACUCUGCGAGUCAAGUACAACUUCUUCAAGCAUCCCACCGAGCGCGACCUGGUCUACUACGAGGGUUCGCCUAACUUCUGCGAGCCCAACCCGGAGACGGGCUCCUUUGGGACGCGCGACCGAGCCUGCAACGUGUCAUCACAUGGCAUCGAAGGCUGCGACCUGCUGUGCUGCGGCCGCGGCCACAACACCCGGACUGAGAAACGCAAAGAGAAGUGUCACUGCAUCUUCCACUGGUGCUGCUACGUCAGUUGUCAGGAGUGUGUGCGCGUCUACGACGUCCACACGUGCAAGUGAGAGAGCGGGAGAGGCCUCUGGCUGCUGGACUACUAAGUGCUGCCCACCAACCACUUCAACUCCCCAACUCCUGCACGACUUCCCUGCUUCCCCCAGACACAGACUCAACAUCCCACACAAAACCAAAUUCAUCAGCACACACACGUAGGCCCCAAUGGGUGAUGGCACAUCAGCUACGGGUGCUAAAACCCUGCCCUACAAUCCGUGUUCCAGACCUCUACACCCAUUUCCGUAAUAUCUGACCAGAGAGCGUCCUGUUGACCUGACUGAUCUCUACUCUGAGGUCCGCUCUCAUGGGAAGAAGCUACAGUUGUGCCACUUUCCUCCGCAGCAUUUGCCCCCUCCCCUUCCCUCCCCUUUGUCUUUAUUUAUUUCCCCCCUCCAUGCCAACACAAUGUUUAUGGCAUGUACAGUAACACUUCUUACCUGUGAAAUUAAUGCAGUAAAAAAACUUUCAGACUCUUUUGCUUUUGGAUAAAAAGCAUCUUUCUAACUAACACCUCACUUGUCCGGCCAGUCUGGCUGGUUUACCUUUUGAUUUUUUUAAACUAAACCAACCUCUACACCGUCACUUAAGUGACACUGAACACGUCGGCAGCCCCAGGAAACCGUCACUUUGUAACUACUGAACUGAACAGGUGUUGGAAGUGCCACAGUCCUGUCCUUUUGUAAACUACUGAGCUGAUGAAAUCCUCAGUGUUGCUGCUCUCUCUGCUGACUGACUCUACUGCACCAGUCACCCGGGAAGCUUGGAAGAUACAGUAUAUGCCACAGUCGGAUUUAAUAGCCCUGCAUUUUUUGAAAUAUUACCAUUGGGCUGGGACUGGAGGUAUGCAGCAUGUGUGUGAACAAGCAUGCUCAUUCCACUAACUAACAACCCUACACAUGUACAGUAUAUAUGUAUGCACUAUUCAGUUACACCAGGUGGUAACCGUUUGAGCAUUGUUUAUGCGAGCAAAUUCUUCUUCAAUGCAAGCUAGCAGUUCUUAUGAAUGACGACUUUGUUUCCUGCAUUCGAGCACGAUCAACCUGUAAAUUGCUCAUGAUUUCCACGAUGCAACACAGUCGUUCAUUAUUCAAUCUAAAGGAAUGAAGCGGUGAAAAGGACCAGCGUUCACAUUAUGACCGAGUAGAAGAUGAUUUGUGGUUGUUUCAUUUAUACAUGUAUGCAUCAAAUGUGAGUCAAGCUUCAGCAUGCUUAAAUAUUAAUUCUGGUCUUAUGAGCAAAGUGAUUAUUGGGAGAUCUUAUUAUCUAACACUUCAUGCAUUCAUCAGGUCCUUCUGAGAGACUUUUGUCUGAUGCAAAUCUCUCUUUUAUCUCUGUAAAAAAAAAAAAGAAAAAAAAAAGGGAGACUUGUCCAUUCCAGAGGAUCUGAUUGGCUUUCACGCCCUCCCUUCCUUCUCUCCAUAUUUUUUUCAGUUGGACAGUUUGAAGUUUUUAACAAGCCUGAUUUAUGAACUUGUACUCUUUUCAGUACACCCCAAAAACACUCCUGCUUUGCGGUUUUGGAGAUAUCGUAGAACAAUACAGUAAUUUAUAA